GCGAUGGAAAGCACGCGUGCGCACGCCCGAUCGUGUGUAGUUCGCGCGUUCUAGUGUGCCGCGACGUCGUGUCCAGGGAAGGCUGCUCGCUGCCGCCCGAAACAAACAAGCUUUGGCUUCGCGGCAAACAACACCACACGUUCGAAACCGCGUACCAACCGGGGCGCUCACCCGUGUUUAGGCGUGCGUGCGUGCGUGCGUCCCAGCGUGUAUAAUAUUCGCGAGUGCGAACGGGUUUUCGGUUUUGUUUCGUUCUUGCUGUUUUUUGUUGUGUGCGGAAAAACGGGCGAAAGACGCACAAAACAGAAAAGCAAACCGGCUGGCUGACUGCUGGUACAGAACGCGGCGCCAAACACUCCCCGUUCUGCGCCCUUUGCCGAACAGCAAAAACGUUGGCCGUUUGUGGCUUUUCUGUGGGGCUGUGUGUCUGAAACCGCGUGGUUUGCGAGUCACCGCGAAAGAACAGCCCCGUCGCUCGGAAGGGGAGGGAGUGCAGCAGCAGCAGUAGCGGCAGCAUCAGCAUCAGCAGCCACCCCAAAAGGUGUGCUGGGCGUGUGGCGGCAAGCAAUCAAUACUGUAAGAGGCGUGUGCAAAAAUAGGCCAGUGCUGAAUAUCGGCAGAAGUGUGGCAGUGUUUUUUGUUAUUGUUGUUCUAGCUGUUUUUAGUGAAGGAUAGAGGAGGGGUAAAGCCCCAUUCGGGAACUACUGCUUACGCCUCGUGCAAUCGUGUGUAUGUGUGGAAUGGUUUAAUAGUAGAAGGUAGGAAAAAAAGAAAGUAGAAACGUCCUGCCAAACGGUCCACGCGGUGCUAAUCGAUGUCGAUAUAUUGCGGAUAGUGUGGGUAGCCAGCAGGCGAAUCGCUGCAAGGAUAGCAGGACCCUGGUCCGCCGUCAGUUCUGCCUCAACAACAACAACAACGACCGGUGGUGAGUGCAAUCGUCGUGUGCCGCAUAUAUCUAUUGAUCCAAUGUUUAUCUGAAACGGGCAAGCCCUUUUCUUUGUCUGGCUUUGGAUGGAGCAAGCGUGCAAAGGAGUGAUAGCUCGCGAUAUCGUGAAGCUCGGUUUUUCCUGUGUUGUCUGUGUUUUUGUUUUUAUGUGUGUGUGUGUGUGCCCUCGUGAGUGUUUGCACCGUUUGAUUCGCUAGAGUAAAAGUGUCUAACGCAAGCCAAGAAGAAGCGCUGGUCUGCCAAGUUCAGGAAGUGAUUAUACGCGAACCGAGCGAAACGUAAGGGCCGGCUGUGUGUGUGCCGCUAUUCGCUGCCUAGCGCACAACUGCCAGCGAAUGAAGUGCUAAUUUGCGACUAAUAUCUUCGAUCGAGCGAUGAGCGUGAAAGCCAUUCUGAUGAAGGCCGGGCUUUAUUGAUGCGCAGGGUACAUUCAUUGGAAAUAUUAUCUGGUAUUAAUGAAUUCCUUCAUCAACCCAUUCCCAUGUGCAGUGCGAUCAUGCACGAAGUCCGAAGUAACAAUAAAAAAGUUACUUGUUGAUGCCGCAACAUAGACGCUUGAAAACAUUGACUGUUUUUUCAGCAAUCAGAUAGAACCGUGCUAGGGACUCGCUGGAAUGAUCAAACGAUUAGCAAAGUUCAAUGCACUCAGCAAAUUGCAAUCGUAUCCAGAUACGGGCACGAGCCAUUUGCUAUGGCCAGCAGAGUACCGCUCACGUACGAAAUGUCUCCAACGGUACACACAGAGGCGGACAUCGAGUCGGCAGUAGCAGUAGCGAAGCAGGUAGCGGAAGCAGUCGAAGAGGAGGAAGGAUCUGCGGACGAUCUCCAUCCUAGGUUGCCGGGCACCACCACCACCGCCUUCCAGCCGUCGCCCGUCGUCGUCGUACCCGGGUCCGUCACCAUAGUCGUUGAGUGUCAUAACGAUGCGGAUGCUGCCGCCGAUGGUGGUACUGAUGGUAGUCGCAUCACCACUACCACCAACAACAACAGUGCUAGUAUGAAAUGUCUCAAUUUUACCACCUCGCCCCACGCAUCCGCUCGCAAUACUCAUCCUGCAUCUGGCCAGGGCUGCAUCUCGAACACGACAGUACAGGACGGUGGUUUCGAAACGACGACAUCAUCACCAUCGCCGCCGUUGUCGCCGCCAAUAGCAACAACAACAACCACAGUAGAUAGUGCAAAGAGUAAUCAAUUCGUCAAUCAUAGCUUUAGCUGCGGAAGGGGGGAAGAAGACAUGGGCACCAGUGGUUCCGUGGUCGUGGCCAGCGAGGAUUGUGCCGAGGCCGCCCAAACGCAACCGGGGAUGACGGAGCUGGCACGCGGCUUUGCGGAUGUAGUGCGCGUGUCGACCAGUGUGCCGCAGCCGGUGACGGUCAGCUGCUGCGCUACCGGACCGGGCGGAAACGGAGUGGCGCCGAGAGGCACGCCGACAGCAGAUAAUGACGACAUGCUGGAAGCGUCCAACCGGUCCGAAUCGCAGCUCGAGAUCAGUGCGGCCGGCAUAGGGCCGGGGGCGGGCGGGCUGCGGGGCCGCGUACUGCCGAAGCUGCAGACGCUCGAGCAGACGACGCGCCCGAUCUACCCGAACGUGCCGUACAGCCCGUACAACAGCCCGUACGGUAGCCCGCGCAGUGGCCGCCGCCGGACACCGUUGCGCGAGUCGAGGCGCGUGUCGAUCGAGCAGUCGGGCAGCUUUCUGCAGCUGAACCAGUACAAACUGCUGGACCAGAUCGGGCAGGGUUCGUACGGUUUGGUGAAGCUGGCAUACUCCGAGGAAGACUCUACACACUACGCCAUGAAGAUCCUGUCGAAAAGGAAGCUCCUUCGCAAGGCGGGCCUGAUGCGCCGGGGACCGAAGCGGGGCACAUCGCCACUGGACCGGGUGUAUCGUGAGAUUGCCGUGCUGAAGAAGCUGGACCAUCCGAACGUGGUGAAGCUGGUGGAGGUGCUGGACGAUCCGCUGGAGGAUUCGCUCUAUCUAGUCUUCGAGUUGGUGCAACAGGGCGAAGUGUUGAGCAUACCGACCGAAACACCCCUGAGCGAGGAACGUGCCUGGAAUGUGUUUCGAGACGUGCUGCUGGGCGUCGAAUAUCUACACUAUCAGCGCAUCAUCCACGGGGACCUGAAGCCGGCCAAUCUGCUGCUGUCCGAUUCUGGCAGCGUCAAGGUGGCCGACCUCGGCGUCUGCAACGAGUUCCUCGGCGAGGAUGCGGCCAUGAACAACGGUUCCACGGCGGGGACGCCCGCCUUUCGGGCGCCGGAAACGCUGCUGCCCGGGCAACACUUCUACAAUGGCAAGGCGGCCGACAUCUGGGCCCUGGGCGCUACACUGUUCUCGCUCGUGCACGGCAACGUCCCGUUCAUUGCCACCUCGGUGCCGGGCGUGUACGAGAAGAUCAAGAACGAUCCGCUCGAGUUUCCGGCGAACUGCUCGAGUGCCGCCGCCAGCACCAUCAGCGAGGAGCUACGCGAUCUGAUCAGCCGUAUGCUCGAUAAGGACCCGCAGCAGCGCAUCACGCUGCCCCAGAUCAAGGAGCACCCGUGGAUGACCAAGCACGGUACGGUGCGGCUGCCGAGCGAGGAGGAAAACUGCCGGCUGGUGCAGAUCAGCGACGAGGACAUGAGCAGCGUGGUCAAGAGCAUACCGAAGCUGGACACGCUCAUCCUGAUCAAGACGAUGCUGAAGAAGCACUCGUUCCAGAACCCGUUCACCAAGGGCAUCUCGGGGCGGGCACCGCAGGCGGGCGGUUCGCGGCUGGAGCGGUUCUGCCGCUCGGGUCGCUCCAACUCGGCGCCGGGCGACUAUCACACCUCGGAACGCCAACCUUCGAGCGAGUCGCUGCUUCCGUCGGUGACGGAAGGGGUGACCAGCCCGCUCGGCAGUCCGGAUGCCACCUCCACCGUCGCCACCAUCACCACCGGCAGCAUCAUCUCCGAGCUGGACAGUCUCACGCUUCGGUCGGACGUAUCGUGCCCAUCCUCCAGCACGGACAACGAUACGGCCACGUCCCUGCUUAGUACCUCCUACUACGAAGUACUGCUGUAGAGUAGCUUCACACAGCCUCCAUCCCCCCACUUGCCUCUCUUUUCUAGCUGCCCCGCGAGCUAACACCAUCCCGAUGGUACAGGGUUCGUCCAUCGAUUGCGCGGGCAUCAAAGAUGGCGUCCGAUUUCGUACACCGUUUCUGCCAACAGUGAGUGUGCAGUGUAGUGUGUACGUGUGUGUGGUGUGUGUGUAGAUAGUAGAGUAGAGUGCGCACUAAAAAAAACAAUCGCACCCUCAACUGUCACCGCUUGACAGUUGGCGACUUAGCUGAUGGAGCGUCUGUGCGUAGUGCACAAAAACAAAACGCCGUAAUAUGACAUUAAUGUUUGGUUUGUUGCAAUUGUUUUAUUGAUACGAAACGCGCCCCAAGGCGUUGUGACAAAGAAGGGAACAAAGUAGAAGCGUUUGGUUAAGCGACAGAGCCUCUGGCAAUAAGGGCUGUGCAAACACAAACACACACGCAUCCCACAGUGUGCAAUAGGACGCUCCCAAAAAACAUAACAAACUGCCCAGACCGUGUGGUGUGGAGGUUUGGGCUCGUUUGGAGGAAAGGUUUUGUUAGUUUUAAUAUACCGAUAGUUGAUUAGUUAAUAAGUGAUCCAGGUUUUAAUUGAGGCCCCGCACAAGUUUCUAUACCCAUACGCUGUAAUAAACACAGCACAAGUCAUCAGAGUUACUAUAGACAUUGUAAUAUCAGACCGUCUACUACUAUUUCGUACUACUACGCACAAAACAAAAAGCACGCUAGCAUGUAAGAGACAGACACGACAGCUUGGCUGCAAUAAUACCCUGCUGCUGCUGCUGCUUUAACUUUGUUUUCAAUACAAAAUUUAAUAAUAAUCAUUUCCAGUACUUUAUUAAGUGAUAGCUCCCACUACCCGUCAAACCCGCUAAAACCGCGGGCAUCGUAAAAAUCUUAAUGUUUAAAAUCGUCACCGUUUGCAACGGCACAACUAACGCUAUUCUUACAUUUUUCUCUAACUGUUGUUGUACAUGAAUAAAACACACGCACACACACAACAUUCCAUUAAGACCGCGGGAAGGGGUGCACCUGUGUUGUGGCAAACUUUCCCGUGGAAAUUCAGAAUUGAAAACGCUUUAAUACUACUUAUAUGAAAUAUAUGAUAAGAAAGGAAAAUAAAUCGAGCUAUCGAAAACGUUCGCACAAAAAAAAGAACCGGGUAUAAACUCGUACUAUAAUUAAAUAAAACGGGAAUUGUAAGGGGGAAAUUUAACCUACACACAACAAGUACACAACAACACACGAACAACACCACACGCCACAGCAAAAUUCAAAGUUGGAAUCACAAUGAUAGAACCAGAAAAAGACCAAUCCGCUAGCCGUUGUCGUCCACCCGCGCCGUUCGCAUGACGCGGGUUAUUAUCGUAUGCUAAGGUAGAUGAUAAAGUAGCAACAAAACCAGAAGCGAUAGAUUUUUUAAACGAUAUCGAACGAGUUUCCUCCAAAGAGACGGGUUUUUUUAGUGGAUAGCCAUUUUUACGGAUACAUUUAUGGUACAGUUUUCCUCGGGCUUUGUUUACCCCUCACACUCCCCCUCCCCCAUCCCAUUUUCCUCGCUUUCCCGCGAUCUAGAAAAGCUAAUCGGUAAGAACGGCUGUUAAGAAGUUAGCGCAAAAUAUAGACACAUUUGUUAGGCUUUGCAAGGGCUGAUAGACUUACUAGAGUAAAGGGAGGAAAAAGGUAGGGUAGGGUGAAAGUAGUCAGCAAUUAAAAUGUAGAAAAGCAAAGGAACAGGAAUCAGCUUGUGAUCCCUUUUGUCCCAACUCCUAACAUUAUUGACAGUUUACCCUUACACAGUUUCUUGGAACGGUACCGAAUCAAAGAUCCUCCUCUUAUCAAGCUCGUUUUAGAGAUAUCAUAGUUAGAACAAUGGUUUUCCUCUCCAAUAGAAAAUCCCUUUAAGUAAUGACUCCCCACCCAGUCCCAUGCUUGUUAGCAAUAACCGCCAUAAACCACCACCACCCCGUGGUUUAAAACCCUGAAAGUGAUCACAAUACAACGAGAAGCAAAA